AUGGAGCUGAGGGGCCACAUCCUGCCCCCGGGCACCCAUAGCCCCGCAGGGCCCCCCCCGGGGCGGCUGCAGGAGCUGCGGGAGCGGCAGCGGGGUCUACGCCAGGCGCUGGGGCUGCGGCUGCGGGAGCUGCGGCGGCUUUGCUUGCAGGAGGCC